CUUAGAACCGUGGUACAAAAAAAUUAUCUUCAUGCGCAACUUGUAUAAUGAAUAUCUCUGUCUCAUUUUAUGAAAACAUUGAAAAAUGAUUUCUUUCGUAAUAUAUUCAUUGUUUAUAUUCUUGAUGUUUCUUAUAACAAAUACUAUAAUACUAUAUUAUAUAAUGAUUAAUAAUAAUGAAGUUCAAUUGAAUGAAAGGAAAAUAUUGCUAAUUAUAUCUCAUCCUGAUGACGAAUGUAUGUUUUUUGGUCCUACUUUACUUUUUUUACGAAAUCGAAAAAAUCAAGUUCAUUUAUUAUGUUUAUCGAUAGGAAAUGAAUCGGGGCUGGGGGAGAUACGAAGGAAUGAACUUGAAAGUAGUUGUAUAACACUUGGAAUUGAUAUUGAAAAUAUUAAUAUUAUAGAUCAUCCAUCAUUACAAGAUGGUCCAAAGAAUAAUUGGGAUCCUACUUUAAUAUCCAAUAUAAUAAAUGAUUAUGUUACAAAACAUAAAAUUGACAUUAUUAUAACUUUUGAUGAAAAAGGAGUUUCUUCUCAUCCAAAUCAUAUAGCUGCGUUAAAUGGUGCAAGACAUUUUAUUCAAUCCGUUACCACUUCAAAUGAUAUUAUAUUAUAUAAAUUAUUAACAGUUCCCGUAUUAAGAAAAUAUAUAUCAAUACUUGACCUGCCUUUAACAUAUCUAUUUAAAAAUCGAAACAAUUUAAAUCAUUUAAUUUUUAUAUCCUCUUUUACCAAUUUUAUACGAGCAAGAAAAGCUAUGACAUCACAUCAAUCUCAAUUAGUUUGGUUUCGUCAUUUAUAUAUUUUGUUUUCCAGGUAUAUGAUGAUAAAUGAAUUACAAUUAGUUAACAUUAAUUAAAUUAUUAAAUAAAUAAAUAUAUAUGUAUAACAAAUACAAUUUUUCUUUUUACCUCUCAUCAAUAUAAC